AUGGCGGGAGCACGAAGCAAGAAGGAUGGAGGGCGCGGUGACGGAGGUCGUGGUGACGCGACGCGUCAGUCGCGCCGAGCGCAAGGAUUGCCAGCUGAAUCGCACAUGGACCUGGAUAUCAUCAACCGGGAAGCGCGUGCGAGGAGGAAGGCAGAGCGGGAUGCGAAGGAGGCUGAAGACAAGGCCACGUCGACUGAACCCGCUGUUCAAGACGACCAAGUGUCGACGGAGGCGGCUGAAGAAGAAGACCUGCGUUCAGAGUCGAAGGCUGAAUGCAUCCCGGAAAAGCAGGCUCAGACGACUGAGUCUGCGAAGGCGUCUGAGGGAGGCGCUAAUGUGGGUGAGCCCCCGGCGGCGGAUCGAGUUUCGGACUCUCCGCAGCCGGAACAAGAAGAGAAAACUCCCAAGGAUGUGCCGGUCAAGGUCAAGGCUGAAGUGAUCGAGAUCGAGGAGUCGGAUGCCAAAGAGCGUUCAGCGCUUGAGGACGCGGAGGUGUCCUCGCGCUCGCCGCAGACCCCUGAACCCGAAGUGUUGCCGCGAGGCAAUGCUUCAAACCCGGUUCCAGCACCUCAAAGUCUGAACGCAGAUGUGCGUCCAAGUUUGGGCGCGGGUGCUGAAACGGCUGACACGAUUCAGCUUGAUGAGACGGCGGCGAAGAACUUUGUGGCACGCCAAGUGUAUCGCUGGGAGCAGAUGCGUUCAGGACGUGUCGUUCCGCCCUCAGUGGAGUAUGCUUGGCCGAAUCCGCGGCCAGACUUCUCGGUUUGGCAAGAGGCCAUAAUGACUACGUCGGACUACUUGCGGCGUCGAAUGGCUCUGGAGAAUCGAGACGCGGCUUGGAUCGCUGAGCUGCGUCCUGAACGCAGAGUGUUAGGCAUCGCUCAAGACCUGACCGCAGUUGUCAUCCCGCCGAGUAUGAUGUCUUCGCGUGAGUGUGCGGCAGUGUUGGAAAAUCUCCUCUUUGAAGCUGGUUUUGAAUUCGUCAACGCGGUUCCAGACUGGUUCAUGACGCAUGCGUCCAAGAUCAACCCUGGAUAUGUGCGUUCAAUCGUGGAAGAGGUUCAGCAACUCCUGACUAUCGAGCUCAUCGAGUGGAAGCAGCUCACGGCUGGAGUGUCGUUCAAGGUCGUUCCAGCCUCGGAUACAAAACCUGCGUUCAAGGAAGAGAAGACACAAGACGCUCAAGCUGUGAAGGAUGAUCUAUUGAUGGAUGACUACGAAGUCGAACUGCUUGGCCAAGCCUUCGUCUCUCAAUGCCGGAUGGCUGGGAUCCUGGCUCUUCGCAGCCCGCGAGGGUCACCGGAGAUUGAGCCCUAUCCCAAGCGCCCGCAGUAUCGGCCAGCUCGUCCGUUGAGUGUGUCGACUCCGUCUGUUCACUCGCUGGUCCCAUCGACCGACGUGAGUCUGAACGCAGAUGCCCGAGCCAUGAGCGUUCGAGGUUCGACCCUGAACGCAUCUUCGAGUGGCAUCUCAGACUCCGUUCCAAGCUUGAUCGGCCCGUCGGGGACUUCGAACGACUCGGCGUACGCGACCUCCUUUCACACGCAGACGUCUCGGGACAGCUCGUCGUCGUCAUCGCUGAUGUCGCUGGGCCACAGUGCUUCAACGCAUAUG